AUGAGUGAUAGCACGCAAUUAGCAGAUUCGUUUUUAUUUGACUCAACUACUAGUCCUGACCCAGUUAUCAGUGUGAGUAAAGAUAAGCGUGUUGUAAAUGUCGUUGAUGACAACAACAGUUCGUAUCAAUCGGGAACUGUCAUCAUUAAUGCGACUUCACAACUAAAUGGCUCGACUGGCUAUGGCAGUCUUCGAGAUGCAUAUGUUGUCGUUCCUUAUGUAGUAACGGUUAAAAAUACGUCUGGCGCUGCUCUUAAUGGUACUCUAAAUCGUUUUGCGGUAGGAUUAAAGGCUGGUGUAUGGAACAUUUUAGAUAAAUUAGCGGUUGAAAUUAACGGUAAAAGUGUCAUUACGAGCAAUGACUAUAAAAAUUAUUGGAACAAUUUACGAGCUCAAACUGAAUGGUGUGAUGAUGAUUUAUUAAAGAACGGUGCAGACUGCUAUCUUGCUCCAGAUGAUGUAGUCAGUCUGAAUUUCCCACAAAGUAGUAGCCAUCCUACCGCUUCAACACAAGGAGAUGGUUUUGUGAAUAAUUCAGUUAAUGCUGCCACAACUGUAGCUACUGGUUUAAUUCCAGAAACAACUCCAGCUCUUAAUAACGGACUAAUCCAGCGUCUAAUUUGGAAUCCACAACAAAUUGGUACCUCUGAUGCCACUGGAGCAACGAUUACAGCAACAAACCCUCUUGGUUGGCCGACAACGCGAAGUGGUGCAAUUCUCUCUAAAAUUCAACAACAAGGUACUGGUGGAUACCUUCGUUUAGUUGACCUCCAUCCCAUCUUUAAGGAAUUGGAUCUUGUUGCGAACCCUCAAAUCAAAUUAACGAUGACGUUCAAUACCGGCUUUGUUGAUAUCACAACUGCAACUGGUGAUUUAAUGAGCUUAUCCUCUCUCUCCCUAAACGGUUGCUCGACGGUUCCAGUAAUGGUAUCAAGUGCGGCCCCAGGUAAUCCAAAUGCAGGAAAACUUACAACUGGUGGAGCUGGCUCACUUCGAGUAGCUUUCGGCGUUAUGUCCAACAACAUUACACAGAUCUCGACUUCUGGUCAAAUCUUCCCAUUUACAACGACUCGUUUAUAUAUCCCUUUCUACGAUAUCGCUAAUCAAAGUCAAAUUGUUGCUAAACCUGUAAAGAAAAUCAAUUACCUCGAUUGCUACGCACAGUAUUUCAAAUCAAAAGCAGGCACUGGCCAACAGAACUCUCAGCAAAACGCUCCGUUUAGCUUUCAAUUAUCUUCAAGCCUAAAGAAUAUCAAAUACAUUGCUCUGAUUCCAUUCAGUGAAACAAGCAGUGGUCAUUUCCUAAGCGCAACGAAUAUUGAACAAUUUCAAUCCCCGUUUGACAGUGCUCCAUGGACUUGUCAGCCAGGAGCAAGCAUUCGCAAUUUCCAAGUAAUGGUUGGCAAUGAAAAUGUAUUCAACAAAACGCAUGAUUACUCAUUUGAAUCGUUCCAAGACGAAGUCAAGAAGCUCGGAGCUAUUAAUGGAGCUCUAUCGCAUGAGAUUAGCAAUGGAUUAUUUGAUUCCUACAAAUGGGAUGUUGGCCAGCGUGUUCUAAUUGCAGACUGCUCUCGAUUAACGAAUCCAGAUGUGCCUCAAUCUAUCCUUGUCUCCGGCACCAAUACUUCCAGUCAAGGAAUGAAUUGUCUAAUUCUCGUCGUAUACGGUCGUUCUAUGAGUAUCGAUCGAUUGACAGGGGAAGUAGUCGAAUAUGAGUAG